CACGGUGAUUUAUGCCACCGGUGGUGCUAGGAGCAUUCUCCCCCAGUGUCAGGUUUUGGCUCUCUCCUACCCUUCGAAGUGGCUUGCUUGUAUGCCGCUUAGGUCCGUAGCAGACACCCAGGCGCUAGAUCUAUACUCGAAAACUGGUCCGACAUGAGUAAUUACCCCGAGGCCGGCCUGAUGGAGAGAUUUCCGCCUAUCACCGGCGGCGACAUGGUAGCAACAAAGCGGGCAAGAGCAGCGGAAACCAAUGCAGAGGGGUCCACUGAGCGCCAUUUCAAUCCAGCCGUUGUGCUGGGCAAGCGACGUGCCUCUUCGCCUCCUUUGAGCACUAUUUCAAAGAGACAACCAAAUUUUCUCUAUCAUCCUCAGCACCGUGGGUUGAAUUCAGCCAAAGUAUCUGUCGAUUUAUCAAUAGUGUCGUCCCCAGGCUCGGAUGGCAUUCGCCCUAGAAGGACUGCGCCAAACUUUUCAGUACGCAAGAAGUUGCCCCCAGUGGGAAGUUCCAGGGUAACCCAUUCACUUGAUCGGAGCUUGGGCAAGACUUCUUCCCAAUAUCACGGAAGCUACGACCAGAGCAUCUCUGUAUCCGGGUUCGGAAUUGAAAAGAGCGGGAUGCGUGGCAUGCCCGAAGCCGAUGCUCAAAACUUUGCCGCGCGGAAUACAGGGGGUAGGGCGUCGGAAGUUUUAUGGACAGUGGGUGGGGAAGGUCGAGGCUAUGUACAGGACGCUGAGGAACAUCGACUCAUGAUUCAGCGCAAACAGGAAGCCAACUACAACCCCUUCACUCCAGAGAAAGUCUCCACGCCCGAUUCAGUCCGCAGGCGCCGUCAGGAGGAGCUGAGACUGGCAGAGAUGCGAGAAGCACGCAAGCGCAAGUUGGAGGACGCUACUGGAGGACGUGAAGCCGCACGCAUGGAUACGAAGGCGGAGCGCAUCCACAAUUUCCCAAUGGUGCCCGCUGGUCAAAGCAGCAUUCAGGCCACGAUGGCCAAUAUGCAGCCAGGGCACCAUGUCCCGAUUCCUGCUGAAAUCCUGGACGCGUCUAAGCCGGUCUCUCCUGGGCCUCUUCGACGCAGGCGAAGAAAGGGAACCCCCCAAUCGCAGCCAUCUCUCUCCGGACAACGGCUUCCACCUGCGCCGGACAUGGGUUUGGUUCCAGAUCAAGUGAAGUCAAAAUCUGGUACGAAUGAAAGCGUGCUGUGUGGACGCGAACCUCAGAGGCCCCGUAUGUACAUGAAGUAUACCAUAUCUCAGGACAUGACUACUCCGGAGGCCAGGCAGGGGGCUCUGCUAAUUGCCAUCAAAGACCGUGAGCGGGUAUUGCGUCCCAAGCUGGCUUUAUCUAUCCCAGCCACCCUCUCAGCUAGUGUAGGUACCGCGAGCGGGAACUCUAAGACGAAGAACAAGCCGUUGGCGAAGCCUGAAGAGAUCGAAACCCCAAUUUCCGCUCUACCCAGCCGCUUCGACGAGAAUGGACUCCUUCCUUCGCCUUCAAGCUUCUAUCCCGAAUGGAGGGUUGGUCAGCACUCCGAUAGGCUGCCUAGCCCGCUGACCUUCGACACUCCUGUCGGGCCAAAUGGUCCUUCCCUUGGCCAUAAUCACUCAGACGAGGAAUUAGACUCGGCCGAGGAAGAAGGGGAAGCAGAGCUUGAUCUAAGGCCCUUUAUGCGGACAGGCCAUCCCGAGCCACCCACACAGGAGCAGAUUAUGUACCCAUUCCUCAUUGACGAAUCAUUCUACACAGGGAAGAACAUUAUUCCCGGUCCUUGAACAAGCCUCAGGGCUGGCAGAGAUGCUACAAUUACAGGACUCUGGUUGAGCUGAAAGAAGACUGCGACCACAUCACAUGGUAAGCCCACCUCGCGAUAUACAUAAUCUUCGGCUAAUCAAUUCCAGUCGCUGUACUGCGCAAUUCUGCAUGGUCUGCGCAGCCCCUUGGAAGAUAUGCAACUGCUCAUGGUUUAGAUAACCAGCCUUCCACGACCACUUGUGCUUGAACGACCCAGCUGUAACCCACUUUCCGCAGCAGGGCGCGGUCAGGCCAUUGAAAUUUCUUGACUCAGGGCCCGACGUUUGAAGCUACCGCCAGGCCUCCAACUGUACGUUUUGGCAGAUAGUCUAGG